CAACCUUCACCACCUGCAUCUCUUGUCCCGGUAACAGUUCUCACUCACACAUCCCAUAUGAUACGCCUGUAGUGAUGUCCAUACUUGAUUCCAUUUCCACUCAUUUUAUUUGAGCAUCGUCAUUUCCCUCUCUCAAACCGAACCUGAGCCCGGCAGUGUCCCUUCGCUGAUGCUCGCAUGACCACAGCCUGCGGCGCGUCCGCAGCCUCGCAAACCUCCUCCGAGUCUCGGUGCAUUGACAAUGCGGAAACCGGAGUCGUUUGCUGGCGCUAUACAACUACGACGGUAGUCGCGGCAUGUCCACUGAUGCUUCAAUCACUGCUCGCCAACUAUGGGGCCAGUCGAGUACUACCCACACCAGCCACACGGUGUCCGACGCUUGGUGUACGCCUUUAAUUCUACCCAGUGGAGGAAUCUUCAUCUUCAAUGAUGAUACCACAACCACUCUUUCCGCUAAAGUCACCUUCAAACUCCCUUGCGAAAACCCCGAGCCGAUCAUCAGCCCGGACACCACCGGCAAUUCGUCAGUCAUAGGCUUCUCCAACCCCUUUUAUGCCUCGAUAUCACCUCAGAUCUUCGCCCUUGCCACCGCGACGGUCAUCAGCUAUAUCCUCGUCAUCCUCAUUUUCAUUACUCCAAGAACGUUCUAUGUUGGAAGUCCAGGAGGAGGAGGGGGAGCCCGCUUCUUGGGUCGUCGUGGCAUGAUAACAGGAUCAUAUGGAUCGUCCUCCAUUGUCGGCGUCGGACGAAGACCACUUCUCCAGAAGAUUGCUGCUGUCACUGUGGCAAUCUCUCUGACGAUAGCCACGGCGGACACUUUCCACGUAGCGGAGCAACAAUACAACGAGGGAUAUAUUGACUCAAGCCAGUUGGUUGACAAUGUGGUGGACAGUUUGGAAAUUCGCAUCAUCCGAGUCAUAUCUGACACGUUCUUGUGGCUGGCUCAGGUUCAAACGCUGAUACGACUGUUUCCGCGGCACAAAGAGAAGGUCACCAUCAAAUGGCUCGGGUUUGCCAUGGUAUCCUUCGACACGAUCUUCAGUAUUUUGGAUUCAUUUGUUAGCGGCAACCCAAGGACCAGGCCGAGGAGCUUUUCGGACGCGAUCCCGGCCCUGAAUUAUUUGUUCGAACUGGCAAUUUCGCUGAUCUACGCUUCUUGUGUGGUGUAUUAUUGUCUGUCAAAGAGGCGCUUUGCAUUUUGGCAUCCGAAGAUGAAGAAUAUCUGUCUGGUGGCGCUCCUGUCACUGGUCUCGGUUGUGAUUCCUGUGGUCUUUUUCAUCCUGGAUAUAUCGCAGCCGGAUUUGGCAGGAUGGGGCGAGUAUAUUCGAUGGGUCGGCGCUGCGGCUGCAAGUGUCGUGGUUUGGGAAUGGGUGGAGCGGAUUGAAUCACUGGAGCGAGAUGAAAGGAAGGAUGGCAUUCUUGGACGGGAAAUCUUCGACGGCGAUGAGAUGCUUAACAUGACACCCUCGGAGGACGCAAGUUGGCGUGGCGACGAUUCGAGGCCUGAUCAGGAAGGCGGUGGGCGGAAGGGGAUAUCGGAAGGCAUGGCAUCCCACUAUCAACGCCUUCGCGUCCGCCUGCCGCUGCGAAAGAGACGUAAGAGGCCUCCCGCGGACGGCAUUGCCACUGGUGCAGACGCGACUGAUACAGUCGGUCAAACCAUACCAGAUUCACAGUAUGUGAUUCCCCAGCCAGUCAUGACGCCUCCCAGCAGAAGUGACACGGGGAGCGCUGCUAGCACGGUUUAUGCCGUACGCUAUCACAACUUGACGAGUCCAUCACCCAACCCACAGGCAGAAUUGCGAUCCCAACCCGAAGGAUCUACCGCCGUCGAUGUUCCCAAAGUGUCCGAUGACUCUGGAUCUUCUCCCUCUGAUGCAGAAAAGGACCUCGCUCUGGAAACAGUACUUCCAACAGAGUCAAUGCCCCCAGGUCGAACAAUUUGGCAGGCAAUGCCUAAUCCUUUCAAACGACGGCGAUCUGAACCCCCAGCAGAAGUGGCUGACGCACAGAAUGCCAAUGGUGUGCGACGGUCACCAAUCGAUCGCACCCUCAAUCUAAGAGAUCGUCUAGGGGCAUUUGCUUCUGCCCAAAGAGAUCGGCUUACCAGUCGAGGAAAUGUAUCCGCAGCCGCCUUGCCAGUCACGGUCAUUCCUGCGCCGAAAAGUAAUGAUCGGACAUGGUCCCCCGACGAUAUUCGUGACCGAUCAAUAGACGACGAUUCCAUCCGCGUGGGAACAACAGAUGCUUCGAGACAGAGACCAGGAAAUGCUGUGGCGGAGUCGACCGCCCCUGACUCGAGCCAGGCUGUUGUCAUCCCACCCCCUAUGAACGGUCGAACUUGGAGUCCAGACGAGGCACAUUCGCACUCUCAGCUCUCUCCAGGUCCUCAGCGCUCCGACGGCGCGGCGUUUCGAAGCCCCUCAGCGAGAGCCAGUGAGCUCCAGCGAGCCACGCAAACAUACAUUCCUCGAGGCUCACUCUCCAUCUCGGAGCCAGAGGGCAGGACGAGCCGGAUGGCGGACCCAUUUAAUACAGCUUUGCCACGGUCCACAAUGUACGCCCGGCCUCCAGCCAUCGCUCCAAUUGCGGAAGACGCAACAAAUGAGGUGGCUAGUGAACUCUCACAGCCCAGUCAAAAGCAGCAAAGCCCCCCUGUGCCUUCAGAACACUGUCAGAUGGCUGACAAUACAGGUGAAUCCGGACAUAUUGAUAUGGAAUCGUCUGCUCGUGAUGCAACUGUGGGCAACCCCUCGUCUGUCAUGGUCAAGGCUGGUCAGGCUCCUCAUGACGAGCAGCAUACUCCAGAAAGCCAGGGAAAUCAGGAUGGUGAUGCGAGAGACACGGGUGGGACGGCAUCACAAUCCAUUUAGUUUAUCAAAGUAGCUACCCAUGAAUCUUAUGCAUUAUGGUUGAGUCUAGACGACACUCAUGGGGUUAGGGAAAUAAACAGACUCACAUUCUCGGCCUAAAAGAUGGGCACAUCAUUAAUGGUUCCUGCA